AUGUCGCCCGAUCACGGAUCGUCGCGGUCGCGACGGGGAGUUUGGAGCCACUGGGUCCCUCUCGCAGUCACUCUUACAGUUGCUACUGUAGGUGUGGCUGCUUGGGUUUGGAGCCAGCGAAAAGACGGAGAUGACGAAGACGAGCACUACGGCUUAGACUACGGCAACCAAGCUCGCACAGGUGAUAAUCAACCCCACGGUUCCCGAGAUAUCAAUUCGCGCGAUUUUCAGGGCCCCGAGAAACCACCACGACCUGAUGGCCAGAGCCAAGGAAUUGCGCCGGCGGACGAAGAUGCGGCCGGCGGAGGCUGGGGCUCGCGCAUGUCUGGUGCUCUACGGCGAACACCGAGCCCGCAGCAGUUCUUUGACUCGACAGGUAAGACUGUGGCGGCUGGUGUCGCAGCUGCGAGUGCAGCUAUGGGCAAGGCUUUGGCUAGCAUUCGCGAGGAGGACAAGAGCCCCUUUGACGAUACCAACCCCUGGCAAGAGGAAGCAGAUGCUAAGAAAGAACGAGCGCCCGCCGAUACGUCGUCACCACUCGUCGGCGGCAAUAGGCGACGCAAGACGGUUGCGAUUGUGGUGUCUGCCGAGACAGGCGCCGUGCCUGAAGAGGAGGAUUCGUUCCACGAGCACGCUUCUAUCCUCUCCCACAUCCCUCGAAACAUCGAUCACUCCAAGGUUAAGCUAUUUGUUCUGAUUUACGCUCCUGGUUUGAAGGAACCUGCUAUGGAUACUGCUACUAGUAACCUUCCGCCAACUUCGCUGAGCUCUUCAUUUUCUAACAUUGGACACGAUCAAGUUCAAACCCCAGCUGAAGAGUCAAAGAACCAGCUUGAAUCCGCAAGCCCUUCUUUUAACUCCAUCUACUCACAGGCUCUAAGUUUGGUCGAAAAGGAGACAAUGGUUCUCCCAUUCACCACACCCAACGGCCACGUCCAUAUCCUGCGACACCUCCAGCCAGAAGUCAUCUAUCUCCAGAAGGCUCUCUCUGGUCAGGAUGGCAGCAUUAUCACCACCCUCCAGACCUGGCUUCGACAUGACGUCAUUCUGGUUGUUGGAGCUGAUGGUGGUUCUGGUGGAUUGGCAGAUAGCGAGUCUGAAGCCGAGAGGGCCGGAAAGAGCCAGGAAUGGUGGCAGCGCCCUGAACGAGUUGGACGAGGACGUGGAGUUGUGGUUGUCGACAGUAUGAGGCUGAAUGAUGAUUGGGCGCGUCGAGUUCAGGGCCAGGAGUGA